AAUAAAAAAGACACAAAACUACAGUAGUAGAGCAAAUACUAACAGAAGCCAAGCAACAGUUCCCUAGAUUUGCCUGCACUGGCGCGCAAGGAAAAACAUGUGUGGUAAUUUAGCUGGUUGAAGGGCAAUGAUGAGUUUCAUCACCAACUUGAUGCCUUUGGCCCCACUCACGGAUGAGGAAAUAUUUAGCAGGGGAGUCAGUGUCAAAGAAGAGCUCUAUGAUGUCACUGAAGAGACAUGUCUAGAAAUUAAGGAGGAACCACUUGAUUAUGCAGAUAAGGAGAAGGAUGAAGUAAGCGAUGUAAAAGGGAAACAUAAUUGUCUUUCCUGUCCUAAUCUUCAUGACCUAAGACAUGAAACAAAUGGAAAGGUCUUGUGUAACUUUGUUCGGGAUCAAAAUGACUUGUUAAAUGUGCCAUUUGUGGCUGAGGACUGUAGGAACAAGUAUUUAUCAGAUGGGGAUCAGGUGAUGCACAAGGAAAGUCUUAAGGAUAUGCAACUAAAAGUGGAAGCAAAAUUGAAUCGUUUUGUGUGGUAA